UACGCCAUUUUGUGUAGAAGAGAAAAACCUGAGCAAACAUAAAAAAGUGAAUUUCGUGUAUUAAUAUUGUAUUAUAAUGAAAUAGAUUUAAGCGUAUGUUCGCCUAUGAGUUAAAUAAAGUGGCCUAAAUGGCGUUAAUAUUGACGUUUCUUUAAAAUGUAACAACUUGUGCGUUAUAAACAAAAUUCAAUUUGGACAAUGCGAUUGAUUGGAAUAUAUGAAAUAAUCAUCCUUUUUACCUCAUCUGCUGUGUAGGCGUAUCUAGGUAUGACCACAUUAAUGAUGUCGGCCAUAUAAUAUUUGUGCUCCUGUCCGUUGUUAUAAAUUAAACCCUGUCUCUGGGUUUGAAAAGUAACCAGAUCGACAUGUCUACAAUAAAUCGCCGCAGAAAAGUCAAAUUUCGAAAUGCUCUUGAGAAAUGUUCCAACGGAGAUCCAGCUGCGAUAUGUGAUCAAAGUGCGCUUUAUAAAGAAAGAGCCGAGAUCAUAUUUCCGAGUGUAAAAUCUUCAUUAAUGUCAAUACAAGAUGAAAAUAAUCAAUCAGUAUUAAAUGAAUUAACAAAAUCGUCCAAGAAGAAGGCCGUAAAAGUGGCCAAUAAUAAUAAUAAUAAUAGAUGUAACACCCAAUGCAACAUCAUUUUAAGGCACUGUAGCAAUAUCUUUGCUACGACAGUAUCUACGAUAAGUCUACGGUCACAUUUCAAUAUGAGUCUCGUCUUACUGAUUAUGCUUUAUCUAAUAUGCACAACGCAAUCGAUAUUAGUCGAAGAUCAGAAUCAGAAUCCGAAUAUACAUAUACCUGGUAAUGCUGAGGAUCAUCUCAAGGGUAUUUCAGCGUCAACAUAUAAUACCAAUACAAAUACAAACACUAGUGUCCGUUAUAAUGUCAAGCCAAUUUCAAGCAAUGCUACAGAUAACAACGGAUCCGGACUCGGAUUAAGUAGUAUUAGCUCAUCCGUUGCAUCGAGUGGAUAUCUUGGCGAUAUGGACAAUUUGGAACGGAGUUUGGCUGCUGUCCUUAUUAAAGUCGCCUAUGGAACAACGUCUACGACCAAACGAAGUAUACCAGACAAUAGUUAUAUAUUGGGACUUACUACUGUCGCAACGCCUCUGUUAACAACUCUCCGAUAUCAAUCGUCACAUCAGCCACAAAAUACUGGCAUUUGGCAACGGCCUUAUGAAUUGGAUUUGGAAAGAGAUCACGCGCUGCCAACGUCGGCGCCAAAUGCCGAUAUCUUGAAGAGUAAUAAUAAUCCAGGGUAUCCGAAUCCAAAUCGUCAUCAUAGCAGCAGUAAUAAUGAUAGGGAUCGUCAUCGCCACACAAUGCAGUACAAUUCGACGCCAAUGCCGUCAUUUCCCAAUUUAUUAAAGAAAAGCCCGGCUAAAGGUGGACAGCCGACGGUGCCGAUGUAUCCGGGAGAUAUACCAUCGUAUUCACCCCCAUCCCGAUCAUUUUUCACGCCUCCUUUGCCGCCGGAGUAUCAAAAUCCAUUUGCCGAUAAGCCAACGUUGCGUGGUACCAAUAAUGAGGGACUUGUGGCCAAUACCGUCACAUUCAACAACAGACGUCCCAUUCCGCCGCCCAGUUUGAUGCCCGGACACGAAAGGAUACCGUUUCGUCCGCCCGAUUUAACUGGCACAGUUGGCGAAUCGAAUUCGAAUCCGAAUCCAAAUUCAAAUGUAAGUUAUCCCAGUUCUGUGGUAGACACUAAGAAGAAGGCAAUUGAUUCAGCGGUUGAUCGGAAGAAGGCAUUAAAUACGCCAUCUCGCAGUAGUAGCAAUGAUAAUCAUAAUGACAAUGCUAAUCAUAAUGAUAAUGAUGAUAUUGUAACCGAAGUGGCGGAUCACAAGAAUCAUCAUUUGAAUGAAAACAAGUCACAACAAGAUCUAAGCGGUAAACGGCAGGAAGUGUUGCCAAAUAUACGCCGGAUACUUGGCUCGAAUGGCAAGAAAGGUGAUAUACCAGCUGUAUUAUUGCGUCAGGUGACACAGCGUCCAAUUGUCAGCUAUCAUCAGCCGCCAGCAUCGGCGAUUGUGUCCGUGGAGAAUGCGGAGGAAAGUAGCAGUAGUCGGAGCAAUGAUCAAGAUGAUAAUGGAGCCGGAGCCAGUCCAAAUAUCAACAAGAGCAAACAGUCGCCUGGUCAAAUGGAUUACAAUGAUCAGCAGGGAUCAAUUGGGAGUCGGGAUCGGGAUCGCGAUCAGGCUCAGUCGGCAGUUACAACACCGUCGGCAGCAGCUGCAAUUGGUGAGGCAGCUGCCACAUCGUUUACAGCAGCGACAACAACAACAUAUUCCUCUGUGCCCAGAAAAUCAGCAGCAGGAGGAGGAGCAACUGCAGCAGCUGGAGGAGCAGGAGCAGCUACAUGGACAUGGGCAUGGAAUAUACAUGUAUAUCUAUCGGUUGUUCUAUUCACAAUACUCGCUGUUUACUCGCUAUAUAAACUGCUGACCUACAACAAGUUAACCCAUCUCUUUGCCCAAUCCUAUUUCGUAUACAUUCAUCUCAUCCUGAUUUCCAUUUGUAUAAUGCGCAUCUUUUAUUUAUGCUUCGAUGCAUACAAUAUCCAUGGCACAUUUAAUAUAUUUGCCGCCGAAUUGCUAUUAAAUUUACCCUCCACCUUCCUGACGGUCGCCUUUUCGGUGCUCAUCUUAUUUCUAUUCCUUAAAUCCCUGAAUCACAAGAACAAUCGCUAUUCGGCGCUAGUGCGUCCAUUGACUGUUGUUGUUGGCUGUGGUGUUCAUGUGGUGCUGUGCAUUACGCUGCAUUAUGUCGAAUCCUAUACGCUCCAGAAUCAUCACAUGUAUUUCCAGCAGCAGCAGCAACAACAAUUCUUUCGACGACAGCAGCAGCAGCAAUCACAGCAACACCAAUCUCAAUCCCAAUCACUAUCCCAAACUGCUGCUGCAUCACCAUCAACCAGUUUGGCUAAUCCGCCGCCUCCACCGCGUGUUUUAUCGCUCAUCUGUCAGAUAAUCUAUAUAUUUAUUUGCCUUAGUCUUGGCUUACUCUAUUUGUAUCUAUAUCGGAUACUGAAGCGCAUAUUGCGUAGCAAAUCCCAAAACUAUAUCCAUGGCUAUCAGAAUCUAUCGUAUGCCAUUCACAUAACCAUUGCAACCGCUUUGUUGUUUGUUUUGUUGGCUGCUCUGCAGAUCUUUGGAGCUGUUUGCAUCUCAACGGCACGUCCAUUGAUCACACAAACCAUUAUUGUCGAGGUGGAUUGGAUGCAGUGGGGCUAUCAGUUCUCAUUACGGCUCAUUGAGAUUUCCAUCAUCACGUUAAUAUCAUGGGUGACGGGCUUAAAGACCAAUGUGGCUGGUAAUUCCAAUUCCAAUGCCAAUGCUGCCAUCAACGGAGAUGUUCAUAUGAUUGGACAAGCUGCUGGUGUUAAUGGUCAUGGUCAUGGUCCACCUGGUGGUCCCGGCAACGGCAAUUCCAUACGGGAAAAGCACAGCGGAGUUGGAGGUGGGGCUCAUCAGAAUGUCGCCAAUUUCUUUCUGCCUUGCACAUCGGGUUCCAGUCAGGAGCAGUUUGAAAAUGAUUAUCCGGCUAUAUGCAAUGCCAAUACGAAUCUUCAUACGUACACAAUGCGCACGGGUAAACUCAUCUAUGAUGAUAGCUAUGCCCUCAACUCAUUGGCUGGUCCAACUCCAGUUGGUGUAGGAGUGGGAGUGGGCGUGGGCGUGGCUGCCUCACCAGGCGGACACAGGUGCACACAGGAGUAUCAGCUGCAGGAGCCAAUGUACCAGAGACCCUACGAUACGGGCUCCAUUCGUAGUGCUGUCAAUCAUAAUAUUGCAACCGAAUCUCAACGUCUCAACUAUCAUCAUCCUCAUCCGCAUCAUCAUCAUCAGAUAAUGGGACUGGAGUCGGCUGCCUAUAUGUCGGCCGACUAUAUGACAGACGCCACAACCGAUCACUAUGAGAAUCCCAAUUUUGAUUUACGUGCCAGCUCCACAGGUGCAGUUGCUGGUUCUGGUUCUGCUCCUGGUUCCGGUUCAGGUCCAGGUGUUAUAAUCGAUGCUAUCGAAUCAGUUGCCAUGCAAAAAUUGAGCAAAAAUACUGUUAGCUCCGGUUCGGCAUCCGUUUCCGGUUCCGGCUGUGGCUCUGGUUCGGGAUCGGGAUCGGCUUCUGGCUCAGGAUCAUCGGGUACAUCGCAGCAGCAAAUGUUGCUACUGCAAAGCGACAGCUGUUACUCGGAGCCAUUGCAGGAGAACUCCAGCUAUGAAUUUAAUAAUUUUGAAAGACCCAUCUUCAAAGAAGAAUCCCAUGCCAGUGACGAGUGCUGGCCAGAUCGAGAAAGAGAACGAGAUCGAGAUCGCGAUCGCGAUCGAGAGCGACACAAGAGAAGCAAGUGUCGGGAUCGGGAUCGCAAGCAGAAUAAUGGUACACUCGAACGGGCGGCAUAUGAGAAUCCAGAAAGACGAAGUUCCAAUUCAACAAAUUCAUGUUCCUCCUCAAAUGGUGUCCGGUACGCCAGUUAUAAUUCAUAUGAGCGGGCUGCGAAUCCCCAUUACAAUGGUGUCCGAAAGAGCGGCACUCUAAACAACAUUGUUAAUGGUUCCACAAUGGGUAUGGGAAUGGGUAUGGGAGUGGGUAUGGGAAUGGGAAUGGGAUUGGGCUCAGGAGCAGGAGUAGCAGUAGGUCCACGUACAGGUACCAUUGCUGGACCUGGACCUGGACGUGCUUUAAUGCAAGGCAAUAAGCGUGUUAAUGGUGCUCAGACCUUGGCUUCGCAUUAUUAUCAGAGGAGUGGACGCAGUGCACCAAGUCGUGCAUUGGCAACAAAUGAUUUUGAAAUGGCUGCAACAACAACAACAAGUACGCUUAAGCAGCAGCAACAACAACAACAGCAGCAUCUGCAACAGCAACAACAACAGCAACAUUACAAUCACAAUAAUUCUGAUGAAGAAGAUGAGGAGGAGGAGGAUGAUGAUGACAUGAUGUCUGGCAGUAAUGUUGAAUGCACUAAUUUGAUAACAAGCGAUCCACAUUUAAAUCCACAUCCUCAUCCACUGGGUCAUCAUCAUCACCUGCAGCAUGUACAAACUAACAAACAGCAUCCUUUGGAUCCAUUGGAUAUUUCUACAGGCAACUCGGCAAUUGUUACUGAACAGGGUUUCCUCAGAUUUCGAGCCAAUCAGGAUGAUGAUGAUGAUGGCAUUGAUAGCAACAAUGACCAACAAUUAGGUGCAGCUAUAGCUGUUCAUAAGCCAAGUCGCAGCAUUCCCAAUGCUUUAUCGCAAAUCAAUAGUAAUAAAAUAAAUAAUGGCAUUGAUUGCUAGGCAACAAAAACAACAACAACAACGACUAUAGCCUGCCAUAUAAUCGGAUAUUAUUGAUAAUUCAUUGAUUAUUCAUUGCUGUGUCGAGAAUUUGCUGGUUGCCACCGCUUACUGCCAAUUUGUAGUUAAUAUCGCCACUUUCUACUCUCUACAAACUUGUGAUAUACAUAUAAAAAA